AUGACUGAAUCAAAUACCACAAAGCCAACAGACACCUCCUCCGAUCCGCUCUCUUUACACAACUCUGACACACCUGGACUUUCCCUAGUUAACUUCAAGCUUGAAGGCCACAACUAUGGCCAAUGGAGCAGAUCUAUGCAUCUCAGCCUCAGCGCCAAGAACAAACUUGGAUUCGUUGAUGGAUCUGUCAAGACACCAUCAUCUGAUGACUCAAAAUUCCCAUUGUGGCAGCGCUGCAAUGAUAUGGUUUUGUCAUGGAUCUUGCACUCCUUACAUUCUGACAUAGCCAGCAGUGUUCUCUACGCUAAAACAGCGGCUGCUGUUUGGACUGACCUUCGAGAUCGAUUUUCACAGAGCAAUGACUCUAGGAUUUAUCAGAUUCGACAAGAAAUUGUCGAGUGUCGACAAGGACAGCAAACAAUCUCCAUCUAUUACACGAAGUUGAAAGCUCUUUGGGAUGAGUUAGCCUCAUACCAAGAGCCUUUUUUCUGUGACUGUGAAGGGAUGAAGAACCUUGCCGAGAGAGAAGAAAAAGAGAGAGUGAUGCAGUUCUUGAUGGGCUUGAACGACACCUACUCUACGGUUCGGGGAUCGAUUCUGAUGAUGAAUCCCUUGCCUGAUACGCGCAAGGUUCACGGUCUGGUUCUUCAGCAUGAACGCCAGGUUGAGGUGACCAGCCGGAAUGACAGUCUGAUCACUCCCCAUGCAAUGCAAAUCAGUCGUUCCUCGGUGGCUGGAUCUUCACAACCCCGCAAAUCCCUGAAGUGCACAUACUGCGAUGGAGAUGGCCAUACGAAAGAACGCUGCUACUUCAUCAUUGGUUUUGGUUUCCCUGUUGGCCAUAAAUGGCAUGGGAAAAACGUCAAGCCCAGAAACCAACGUUACAACCCAACGGCUCACAAUGUUGAACUUCAUCAGUCACCAGCCACACAUACUGACACUGCCAAGACAACCACUGCUAAUGGCCCAACCUUCACCACCGAGGAGUACAACGAACUUCUUGACAUGCUUCGCAAUAAAAAGGGUAACAUUCAGCCACUGGCACAUGCAACAGGACGUGGAUACGAAGAAGACGAUUGGCCUGGGCAAGCAUUUUGA